AUGGCUCGGACCUUUGCUCUCGAAAGGCUUCCCUUUUGCGCCCCCUCCGGACAUGCGGUAUGGGCUGAAUGGCAAACCGGCUACUUUGACAUCAACUCUGGUUGCAGCGGGGCGGACGGGUCGAAGCACCUCAGCUGGAAGGCGUUCAGGAGGUUCGUUCCAGAGGAGGCGACUGCUGAGGGUCACCCGCUGUUUGAACCAGCAAGGAACGGCAAGAUUGUCCUGUGCGCUCCGCAGCUCUUCCUGCGGUGGGCUCAACACGCGGGGGUGUCGGAGGAGGCAGCCUUUGCAAUCAGCAAGCAACUGCUGGAAGCCCACGCCAAGCACCUGGUGGACCUUGAGCUCGCCGCCUUUUACAAGAUGGACAGGUUGAACUGGCUGCGUUCCUUGACGAUUGGGGCGGGUGACAUCUCCCACUAUGAGGCCAUGAGCAAUUGGACAAAGAACGCGAGGGCACUGGACGGAGCUGUGAUGGCGUACUGCAGCAUCCCAGUGAGACCACAGGCGUCAGCAGUGCCGUGGUUGCUGACAGAGCUCAUCAGGCCGGACACGCGCGAAGCCUUUGCGCAGCACGUUCGGGUCUCGGGCCGCCUCCUGUGGGAGGAGCUGGUAGGGGACGAGCAUCACUUUCUCAACGUGAGGUGCGACGACAUGAUGGCGCUUGUGUGUAGCUACUCCGGGCCCGGAGCUCUGCUCUUGCAGGCAAUCUUCUUCAACGCAAAGAUGCUGGAACUCAGUAGCUUCGGGCUGUACCCCCCAGCCCCCACGAAGGCCAAGGCUGUGACACCGUUCCCAACGCAGCUGGAACUCAGCCCCCAGGGAGUCAUCAGAAGCCUGCUCGAUAGGGCAGACCCGUUUCCCGUCGGUUGGAGAGAUGCGCUGAUGGUCAUUGGUGGUCAGAACGCCUCCCUGUUUCGGACUUCUUUUGCCAAGAGGGUGCGGGCCAAUUGCAGCGAGGCCGAGUACAGGGAGGACAAGGACAAAGGAGAUGUCUUCACCACCAUCAACGGCCUCAAGAGCCUGUGCAGGUCGUGCCGGGGGGAUAAGAGGAGGGCGCUCCUUGAAGUGUUCGAUUCGCUCGAGAGAGCGGAGGACGUGUCCGAGUGGACGCGCCAGGAAGCAUUAAUGACCAGGCACAUUGCCCGCUACAUGUACUGCUUGACCACCCCAGACCUCGAACGCCUCGAAGUAUACAACAGAAUAUUUGGUGAGAGGUGCUACCGCUUCGAAGACGUCCUAGCGGCAGGCAUGCUCCGUUAUGGCCGACGCCCUUAUGUUGAGCGCCUCCUUCGGAGGCCGGCCCGUUUGCUUAUGAAGGACGAGAAGUUUGCAAUUCGCUGGGCCAAGGCUCGGCACUUGCGCCAGCAAUUGGCCGUGCCGGGCAUCGCUCUGGAUGAUGGUUCGCUCUGGGAGUACGCAAAAGAGUACACUCGAACGGAUGCUGGGAUGAACGAACUCAAGAGGCGCAUCCACUUGCACCACUGGUUUGCAGGAGUAGUGGAGCCAGUGGGCGAGCAAGAAGAGUUACGAGUGAAGCAUCUUCAAAAGGCAUACGCUUUCACGGGUGACAAAAAGCUGAUCCAAGAAGCCAACAGGAUCUUUGCUGAUGAAUUUUUGCUGGACUACUAG